AUGGAGAACUAUUCCUACUCUUCUUACCCUGAUUCGCGCGAUUCCUCCCCCAGGUCUCGCGAAAUCGAUAGCGAGAACCCCCCCUGGGAUGAGCCUAACAAUAAUUCCGCCACCAAUUACAAAGUCAAGUUUAUGUGCAGUUAUGGCGGAAAAAUCCAACCCCGGCCUCACGAUAAUCAGCUUGCUUACAUCGGCGGGGAUACCAAGAUCUUAGCCGUCGAUCGCAACAUCAAGUUCUCCGCUCUCAUGGCAAAGCUCUUUUCCCUGUGCGACGCCGACGUCUGCUUCAAGUACCAACUUCCCGGCGAGGAUCUCGAUGCUUUGAUUUCCGUCACCAACGAUGAGGAUCUAGAGCACAUGAUGGUUGAGUACGACCGCUUGUACCGUGCCUCCGCGAAGCCCGCUAGGUUGAGGCUCUUUCUUUUCCCCCUGGCCCCGUCGGCUCCGGCCAGUUUUGGGUCGUCCGAAUUGAAACCGGAGCGGCAGUGGUUCGUGGAUGCUCUCAAUUCUGUGCAGAUUCAACAGCUGGAUGGUCCCUCGCCGCCGGCUCCAGUCUCGGCUACGAACCCGGAUUUUCUGUUUGGGUUGGAUAAGGCUUACCCGGGGGUUCCAGUGACGAAAUUGCCUGAUUCUGCUCCUGUUCCAACGGCUCCGGAUGUGGUGGCGAAGGAUUUGUCAACGGGAUCAGAAUGUGUGUCGGAGGAUCGUCACGUGGUUGGAGAACCAUUGCUCUCGCCAGCCGAGAUCCAAAGACAGAUCCAGGAUUUGCAGAGAUUACACAUUGUGAACAAUGAGCAACUCCUACAGCGGAAAAGCGAUGAAGGUAAUGGAAGAGUUUAUACUAUGGACUAUUUCUCUCAGAAAAAUCCAGAGAAAGUGGCGCCGCCACCAGUGCCUUCGAAUGUACAUACAGGUCCAGUUCCUGCGUCGGCGACGUCUGCGUUUUUGCCCGAAAGACACAUGACAAGUACUGCUUAUCCACUGGGGGCUUCUGCAGCCGGAACUGAUCAGCAACAGCCGGUGUAUUUCAUCCCGACACCGGCCGGGGUGUACCAUGCAACUACUUUGCGACCUAUGACUGGACCAGUUGGUCAGCCUUACUAUGGAGUCCCGAGGAUGGUCCCGGCGGAAAUGUACAAUGCGGCACCACCGACGUCUCUAUCACAUGCCCAAACCAAAGUUGGGGCUUACACUGAAACUCCUGGAAUUGUGCAGCAGCCAAAGGUUGGGGUGUCUGAACCUGGAUAUGCUCAGGUAGCCUACGACAAUGCUGGCAGGCAGGUCUACUAUGCAGCCGCAACAUCGGCGCCUCCACCAGGUGGGGUGGUGCCACCAUACCAGGUGGUAACAGCUGGAAUUGACGGCAGACAACAGGGUGGUGGGGCUUUGAAUCAAGAGGGUAAGAUUGCGGCCAAAGUUUCAUCUGCUGUGUGA